CUAUUUUGCCCUACUACACACACUGUUAUUUUAAAGCUCAAAAACUCGAUUUUUACUGUAAAUAUUCAAUUUUAUUUUCAUAUUCCAUCUCAUUUUGAUAUUCAAUCUCGUUUUUUUUUAAUAAAAUUAUGGUUUAUGUUGAAAAAGACUCAAAAGAGUCUCUUAUUGAAUUGUCUCGAACAAAAUACUCUCCUUAUAAAGAAUUGGAAAAUAUUGAAUCAUUAGCUUUAUCUCCAUUAGCGUUUUCAGUUUAUCAUGGCACAUUAGUUCAUACGCCUCAACUAGGAGAAAUAGAAAUACUUCCAAAUUGUUCAGUUGGUGUAAAUACUGAAGGCACAAUAGUUUUCAUUAAUAAGAAUUCAGUUGAUGCAAUGGAUGACGCUUUAAAAUUUGAUUCAAGAUUGAAUGUUUCAAAUAUAAAAUUGGUUGAUAUCAGAUCAAAUCCAUAUUCAUUUUUUUUUCCUGGUUUUGUUGAUACACAUAUUCAUGCUCCACAAUAUCCAAACUGUGGGAUAUUUGGAAAUUCAACAUUGUUGGACUGGUUGACCAGAUACACGUUUCCGUUGGAGGCGUCUUUUAAAAACUUGCAGAUUGCUAAAGAUAUUUAUUCAAAAGUGGUUAAAAAAACAUUAAGAAAUGGGACAACAACAGCAUCGUAUUUUGCUACAAUUGAUGCCAAUGCUACAAAUGUAUUGGCGAAUUUGUGUUUUAAAAAUGGGCAGAGAGGGUUGAUUGGUAGAGUUUGUAUGAAUGACAAUUCGCCAGAUUAUUAUGUUGAAGAUUUUGAGCAAUCAAAGAAAUCGACCGAAAAAGUGUUGAAGCAUAUUAAAAAUUUAAACGAGAUCCAAGAAUCAGUUUCGAGGAUUGAUAAGAGUGAGGAGAAUCUUAUAUUGCCGAUAAUUACACCAAGGUUUGCGCCAAGUUGUACGUCUGAUUUAUUAAGUUGGCUAGGGGAUUUAUCAGAAGAGAAAGAUUUGCAUAUUCAGACUCAUAUUUCCGAAAAUGUUGAAGAGAUUGAAUGGGUGAAAAAAUUGUUUCCUGAAAGUAAGAAUUAUGCAGCGGUUUACGAUGAUCAUAAAUUGUUGACGUCGAAAACGGUUUUAGCUCAUGCCAUUCAUUUGAAUGAAGAUGAAAAGAAGUUGAUUAAAUUGAAAAAAUCUGGGGUAUCACAUUGUCCAAUUUCAAAUUCGUCAAUCACUUCAGGUGAAGCGAGAGUUCGUUGGUUGUUGGAUGAUUCGAUCAAUGUUGGAUUGGGGACAGAUGUUUCGGGUGGAUUUGCUCCUUCAAUUCUUUCAACAGCUCGUCAUGCUUUGUUGGUUUCAAGACACUUAGCCAUGAAGACAUUUAAGGAAAAUGAUAAACUAACAGUUAGCGAUGUGUUAUAUUUGGCAACACUAGGUGGAGCUAAGGUAUUAAGUUUAGAAGAAUUGAUAGGAGAUUUCCAAGUUGGUAAGAAAUGGGACUGUCAAUUGGUUAAUCUCCGGGAAAGGGAUUCUCAGGUUGAUAUCUUUAGCUGGCAAUUGCCUGAAUAUUUUCAUAACAAGUUGGCAAAAGAAAUUAACCAAGAUGAGAAAGCAAAGGAUAAAAUUGAUUUGAGCGAUAAUUUGAGAUUUAUGGCCAAUCAAAAUGAGCAGGGUUUGUUAAAAGAGGAGGCUUUAUUACAAAAAAAUGGAGAGCUAGAUUUGGAAGAUAAUUUGAAAUUUGAAAACUUGAUUGCUAAAUGGCUAUUCAAUGGUGACGAUAGAAAUAAUGCGAAGGUGUGGACGAAUGGUCGGUUGGUAUUUGAUAAAGAGAAACAAGAGUGAACUAUAUAAAUCAAUCAUACUUAGCAAUCAAUUCUAUAGUACAAUACGCUACUUUCCAAC